CGCGCGCGAUCGCGACGCGAUCGCGACGAACAUGGCGGUUACGUAUCCUGACGUGAUCCUGACCGAUUAUUUGCAAGAAUCGCAAAAAGCAAGGAUUAACACGGGACCUGCGGGGGCCGCUCCCGACAAGCUCUCCUUCGCAACGCCGAAUGGGACCGGCAAGAACCUCUCCUGCCCCCGUCCCGCCGCCCCCGCCUGCACGUCGUGUACACCGGGUGCGCGGAUAAGCUUUACGGAUUUGACACUAAUGGCUUGGCCGGGAGCGACGUGUCGUCGGCGGAGAUUGGCCGCGUGCAGAGCAGUACGUGACGCUUCCGCCCGUGAGGGCUCUUGGCAAAACACGCGAGGGAGGAAAAAAGAAGAAGACACCGAUGGGGAGGGAGAGAAAUAAUGUGCACGGCUACGUGUGUGUCUGUGUGCGCACGUGUGCGUGUGUGAAUGUGUGUGGGUGGUAAGGAGAGAUAGAGUGAGCGGAGGAGCAAGUAAGGAGGAUGUCGGGGGUGGAAGGCGCGACGUAGGAGGGCACGAAAACGACGAAAGGGAGAGAGAGAAGGAGGGAACGAGAGAGAGAACGCGAGAGUAAACGGACGCGCGAACGUCCGGAGGGGGAUAGGUCGGGGGUGCGCGUCGAGGAUCAAGAGAUCGAAUGGGAGGCCGGUCCCUUGAUCAUCUCUCAGCUCUCGGACGACGACGGCGACGACGACGGCGAC